AUGUCCGUAACCAAAUCACUGAGUCAUGACCAGCCGACGGAACAUCGAGAUCGCCUUUUCAUCGGUGAAAUCAGACGGGAUUGGGAGCCGAAGAGAGUAGAGUCGUUCCUGCGUGCAAUCCUUCCAGAUGCGACCACCAUUGAUGCCUAUGCAGAAGGCAGCCCUCUGGUACGAAAUCGAGGUUUCGCCUUCGUUAGUUUUGCUGAUGUGGGAGCGGCUGUGCGAGCGAAGGAGAAACUGUUGAAUUCUCCAAUAAAGUGCAACACAUGGUUUCGAGGGACUUCCUCUUCUGCAAGUCGAAGCGCCUUUAUUCACAUCUCCAGUUCUUGAUGUACCACUUCUCACACCAGCACAAACACCAGUUUCAACUGCACCGGCUGCUUCAUCGUUGCCACUCGUCUUCGUUCCUCCACCACAUCAGCUUCCAGUACCUGUGGGCCCAUUUCCGGAGCAGUCUCACUUGAUCAAGUCGUUCUCCGAGCGAGUACGCAAUCAUGGAUUGGGAGAUGUUCGCGUAAUCACAUCAGCAGUGGUAGUCAACAAUCUCAUAUUCUACGUGACUACGAUACUGGUUGGCUAUGUGCGCCUUGA